AUGAUUUUGUAUUUCCUUUUUGUUUUAUUGUUUACUCUUAGUGAGGCAAGUGAACGAACAAGAAUUAGAAAACAAGCAAAUAAAUUUGCUAAAGACCUCACCAAUAAAAUGAUGGAUGUUAAAAUUAACAUUGAAUAUAUUAGGAAACCAGUCCAAUAUGAUUUUAAUGUAACAAACUGUCCUUCUUCAAAAACUGCUCAGUGUGUGUUAUGCAAAGAAAAGGUUGUUGAAGACGAAGAGUUUUGUGAUAAACCAAAAACUGAAAUAGAGAAAUGUUUGUGUCUUGCAAGUAAUCAUCAUUGGAGAACAAUGUAUGAAAAUUCAAACAACAAAGGUUAA